AGCCACAACCUUCCCUGGAUGUUGCAGUCUUCUUCCAAGGGAAGGUUUGCUGCACAAGCAGGCUUAGCUUGGACUUCUGCAACUCUGACAAUUUAAUUCCAAACCAAGGAAGAAGAAGAAUGAGAUGGUUACAAUGACUGCCUCCAUCCUACUUAUAUUUCUAUACCUUAUCUGUCCAUCCUAUCAGCUGGAAUCGGACACAUUUUUAAUCUACAAUGAAAACCACAAGAAAUGUCUAGAAGCGAAGAAUUCCAUUAUAGUGUCCGCUCAAUGUAAUGAGAAGUCUAAUGAACAGACGUUUCGGUGGAUUUCUCAAAACCAGCUCAUAAAUGUAGGGACAUCUAAAUGCCUGGCCGUAUCCUCCGCAGCAGAAUGGUCAGCAGUGACACUAUACACAUGUGAUGGCAACAGUGACCUACAGAAGUGGGAAUGUAAAAAUGAGACUUUGUUUGGAAUUGUGGGAUCCAAUCUUCACUUGAACUAUGGUAACAAAAAAGAAGAGGUCGUACUCUAUAAAGGCGUAGGAUUUUGGAGCAGGUGGAAAAUCUAUUUGACUCCAGAUGAUUUAUGUGUAAAGGCGUUUGAAGAGAUUUACACUUUAAAAGGCAAUGCUAAUGGUCAGCCCUGUGUGUUCCCCUUCAAGUAUGACAACAAAUGGUAUGCGGACUGUACAACUGCUGGACGAUCGGAUGGAAGACUCUGGUGCUCUACAACGGUAGAAUAUGGAAAGGAGAAACUGUACGGAUUCUGCCCAUCUAAAUCCACGUCUAACAACUUCUGGAUAACUGAUUCAGUUACUGGCGUCAACUAUCAGAUUAACUCCGAUUCAGCCCUCACUUGGUACCAAGCCAGGAGAAGCUGCCAGCAGCAAGAAGCAGAACUGCUGAGUAUAACCGAGCUACACGAACAAUCCUUCAUCUCAGGAUUAACAAAUACCCUCACUGCAGUCCUAUGGAUGGGGCUCAAUAGUCUGGACUUCAAUGCUGGCUGGAGAUGGGACAGUGGAGGUCCUUUCCGGUAUCUGAACUGGGUUCCAGGAAACCCAUCAACGGAACCUGGGAUAAACUGUGCAGCACUAAAUCCUGGGAAAAGUGGCAAAUGGGAAAGCAGAGAAUGUGCGCAAAAAGUGGGGUAUAUCUGUAAGAAAGGCAACAGCUCCGCUUCUUAUGUUCCUCCUUCGGGGAUCGGUGAAACCAUUUCUUGCCCGGCCUCCUGGUUACCCUAUAAUGGAUACUGUUAUACUCUGCUUAAAGAAGCUAAGAUGUGGAAGGACGCCAUGUUGUCUUGUAGGAAAGAGGAGGGGGAUCUUGCAAGUUUGCACAAUAUUGAAGAAUCCAGUUUUAUCAUCUCAGAGUUUGCAUUUGGCGAUGUAGAGUAUGUUUGGCUUGGGAUGAAUGACCUGAAGACACAGUUAUUUUUUGAAUGGAGCGAUGGAUCACCAGUGACAUAUACAACAUGGCAGAGAGGAGAACCAUCUCACCUGACCAACAAACAAGAGGACUGUGUGGCGUUAUCUGUUAAGGAGGGAAAAUGGGCAGACAAGAUGUGCGAGAAGAAGUUUCCAUAUUUGUGCAAGAGAAAACCACUGCCUGUGGAUCAUGAGCAAACUGCUAGUGUGGAGGAAGGGUGUGAUAAGGGUUGGAAAAGACACGGAUACUACUGCUAUUUCAUUGGUACAUCUUCUAGUUCAUUUUCAGAAGCAAACAACACAUGCAAUAGUAAAAGAGCGUACUUGAUGACUGUGGAAGACAGGUUUGAACAGGCCUAUUUAACAAGUCUGAUUGGGUUUAGACCAGAAAAAUAUUUCUGGACAGGGCUCUCUGAUAUGGAGGAUAAGACCACUUUUAAAUGGAUCAACAGGGAAAACGUAUUGUACACACACUGGAACACAGACAUGCCAGGCAGAAAGCAUGGCUGCGUGGUCAUGAGAACUGGGAGGAAAGCUGGAUUAUGGGAUGUGAUUAACUGUGACGAAAAUGCCAAGUAUGUGUGCAAGAAGUGGGCUCAAGGAGUAACGCCACCGCCUCCGCUGACUACCACACCAGAACCAAAGUGUCCAACCGACUGGAAGUCAUCCAGUCGUGCAUGUUACAAGCAUUACCAGAAAGAAGCUAGCGAGAAGAAGUCAUGGUUUGAGGCUAGGAACUUCUGCAAAGCGAUCGGAGGUGACCUGCUGAGUAUCACAGACAAGGAGGAAGAGCAGGCAGUGUGGACUUUGAUGAUAAAUGAUGGCAUCUACCGUCAAGUCUUCUGGGUGGGUCUACAGAACACUAACCUGGAUGAAGGCUUCACGUGGUCGGAUGGCUCACCUCUGAAUUAUGAAAACUGGGCAUAUGGAGAGCCCAACAACCACCAAGGGAUGGAGCUCUGCGGGGAGGUGAACACCGAUCAUCGGCUGUCCUGGAAUGAUAGGCAUUGUGAUACGCCACAGAACUGGAUUUGCGAACUUAGAAAAGGUGCAGCAUUAUUGCCAGAACCCACAAACUCCCCACUUCCUGAUUUUGAACGUACAAGUGAUGGCUGGGUAAUUCGAGACGACAGACAGUACUACAUCAGCAAGGAAGAAGUAUCCAUGGAUAAAGCACGGGAAUUCUGUAGACGUAAUUUCGGCGAUCUCGUCGCCGUUAACAGCGACUCAGAAAGAAGAUUUCUCUGGAAAUAUGUCUUAAAGAUGGGGAAGAGCGAUGCUUAUUUUAUUGGCUUGCGUCUGUCCGUGGACAAGGAGUUUAACUGGAUGGAUGGCUCUCCUAUGGACUUUGUCGCCUGGGCCAGUUAUGAACCCAACUUUGCCAACAAUGAUGAGAACUGUGUUGUGAUGUAUAAAAACCUAGGGUAUUGGAAUGACAUAAAUUGUGGUUAUCCAAACCCAUUUAUCUGUGAAAGGAAAAACAGCUCUAUUAAUGCAACGUCUGCCCCAACUGCUCCUGCACCGCUCGGGAGCUGUCCAGAAGAGUGGCUUUCCUAUGGAAGACAGUGUUACAAAAUAUAUGGGAAUGAAGCCGAUGAAGUGGCUGACUGGAAUGGCGCUAGAUCUGCGUGUAAAAACCUUGGAGGAAAUCUAGUCACCAUAAAUGAUGAGUUGACACAAGCUUUCCUGACAGCUAAUUUAGUAGACGCAAAGCUUGAUGUCUGGAUCGGAAUGAACGAUGUGAAUUCAGAACACAAGUUUCUUUGGACAGAUCAAAGUGGGGUGUAUUAUACAAACUGGGCCAAAGGUCAUCCUUCAGGAAGUCAUGUGUAUGCCUAUGAUGAUGACACUGAUUGUGUAGCUGUGAAACGUGGACCUAUACUGGAUGCUGGUACAUGGACUGAAGAAGAAUGUGAAUUGAACAAAGGAUACAUCUGCCAGAAAUUCCAAGACCAGGAUAGACCAGCAGCUCCAACCACAGCUUCAACCUCUAACCAGUAUAAAUAUAGAGAAGCCAGUUACAAGUUUAUUAAAACCAAGAUGAAGUGGGACGAAGCACGGAGGGUGUGCAAGAAUUCUGAUGCCGAACUAGUCAGCAUUUUAGACGAAUACACCGCAUCUUUCCUGAAGCUUCAUAUAGCUAAACAUAAGGGACCUUUCUGGAUCGGCUUGACCAGUUCCAACAAGACUAAUGACAUGUACCGCUGGAUUGAUAACUGGAAGCUUCGCUACACAAAAUGGGCAGCCGGGGAACCGAAGAGGAAAAAUUCCUGCAUUUAUAUAGACAUUGACGGACAAUGGAAGACAUCGUCUUGUAAUGAGGAUUAUUGGGCAAUCUGCAAACAGUCAAGUGUUAUUGCUCCCACUGAACCACCUCAACAACCUGGAACAUGUCCAGAAUCAGGUGGAAAGACAUGGAUACCCUUCCGUGGCCAUUGCUAUCUUAUUGAAUCAUCAAACACUAGAAAUUGGGCUCAAUCAUCUAUGGAAUGUCUUCGAAACGGUGCCAAUUUAGUGUCAGUUGAAGAUUCGAUUGAGUCAGAAUUCCUCUUCCAUCAUAUCGAGCUGCUCGUUGACAGAGUAAAGAGUUUUUGGAUGGGACUGUACAGGAACGUGGAAGCAAAAUGGCUUUGGUUGGACAAUACACCCAUGGACUAUGUGAACUGGAAUGCAGGAGAACCCUCUGAACACUCAGAUGAGGACUGCGUGGAAAUGUAUGCCACAAAGGGAUCAUGGAAUAACAUUUACUGCUCCUCUUAUAAAGGCUACAUAUGUAAGAGGUUAAAAAUUCCACUGCCUACAGAGAAGCCAAUAGAGAAACCAGCGGAAAACAAAGCAGACAAGCCGUCCCAUGGCAUAACUGGUGGUGUGGUUAUUGUGGUGAUACUCGUCAUCGCAGGCAGCACCAUAGCAGUUUACUAUCUCUAUAGGAGGAAACAGAACAAGACACAACCAGACCCGAGCUUCAACAACACGUUAUACUUUGAUGGUAACCGUGCCCCCUCAUCACAGGAUACAAACAUCUUAGUGGAAAACAUUGAGCAAAACGAACGCGCCUUUUCCUAAUUCUCCAUUAAAGAAAUUACCUUGAAUGUGCAUUAGUUCUCAGGCAGUGACAGAAACGGUGAAAUAUAGGCUCCACUGUAACCAGAGUGGCAAGAAAAAUCCAUCCAAAGUAAUAAAGUGGGUUGAUGGUUUCCAGCAUGCCAGGUGGUCUUAUACUGUUAUGGCACCAUUUAUGUCACUGACGUCCUAAAAGGUAAACCAAAAAUAAUUGCCUGCCGCCGUCCUCUUAGCUAAAUCACACAAUUGAUAAGCAGAUGGCUGCACCCAUUCUGUACAUUUUGUAGUAUGCAGUGGACCUAAGUUAUUCAUUGAAAUCUUGACAUUUCUAAAGGUGGUCUGAAAUGGGACAGGUUGGAUUGAAUCAUUUUACUUAUAUUUAGUAAAUUUGGCUUCUAUCUA